ACGUUGUCUGUAAAACAUAAUAACCUGCGUCUAUCACGUGAUUCGAUGCAAACCGAAGCCGCAGCGAAAACUGUCGAACGGAGCCGAACAGACGUCGCAGCUGUAAACGCAUCGGACUCGGAUCUCGUUCUACUGUAUCCGCGCCCGGUGACCAGGACCAGGAUGGGGGCGGCUAUGAGUGACCCUUCUCUGUUUGACCUACUUGAUUGGGACCAGCUCAGCAAUGCAGAUGGUGAAUCGUACCUGUUGAAGGUGGAACAGUUGGUGUCACAACUAAGAGGCAAACUUUUUGUCGAUCGAUCAGGCUCUGGUGUUGACCUGAGAAUAGCAGGGAUCGAUGACACCGUGUACAGUGAGGACACUGAGGUGGUGGACAGCUGGGGGAAGUUUUACCUGCCCCAGGAGGUAAAGAUGUGUGUGUUUGCGGUGGUGGAGGGCCCGUCCUCCACCACCGCACUGGUUCUGAUGACAUGUGAGGACAGAAAGAUGUAUGGCUACGAUGGAGAGGACCUGCAUGAGGUAGCGUCAGACCUGAAGGAGCUAUGUUUUAAAGGCUUAGAGUAUCCAGCCUCCAAGAGCUACUACCACGGGGAGGCCUUCAAAGACAUGACUGACGACGAAUGGGCAGAAGUGAGGAAGGGAGCUGUGGGAAAGAGGUUGGAUAAAGAACAUCAAAAACUGGUGAAGGCAGUCAAAUCGCAAUUCUUGGAAUCCCUUAGUUAAGCUUGACAAAUGUAGGCGUGAUAUUAAAAACUGGUGACAUCCUAUAGAAAUCCAUUUAGUGACUGAUCAUAACAACCUCCUUUGGUCAUUUUAAGCCACUUCUCUUUUUCAGACUCUGCUGUUUUAGAAGUCUUAGGUUUAUCUUAAAAUGUAUUUUUUGCUUCUAACAAUAUAUUGAUAUAUACAUGUGAGGCCAAUUAUGUUUUUUUGUUUAUGAUGAAAUAUGGAAUUUAUGCAGAAAGCCUGUUGAUUAUAAUAUCAAUAAAACAACACUGAUGAUC